GGCGCGGCAGCUGGCCGCACGCUCUCCGCUGCGCUCGGUCCGAGCGGAGGUGACAGCCCUGCCCAGUUCCUCCCUAUCCCGCGGGGACUGCCGUGCGCGGGGGCUCGGCCGGUGCCCGCCCCGCCGGGAGGAGCUCCUGCUCCCGCAGCCGCACUGCCGUGGCGGCCCCGAGCCUCGUCCUUCGGCAGGCGCGGGCGGGGGGCGGAACCUGCCCCUGGUCCCGGCCGGAAUGACAGGUGCUGGAUGCUGCCUGAGAGGACGGGACGGUGCUAGUGAGCGCGCUUCGCUCCGAGCAGCAGCCGCUGGGCUACAGCCCGCGCGAAGGGAUAUGAAGCCAUUCAGGGAGGCUUUCAAGAGGAAGAGCUAAUAAAUUGCUCUGAAGUUGAUACAAUCUUCUCUGGGAAAAAGAGCAGGGCCUGGAAAGCCUGUGAUAGAGAGCAGCUGUUUUCAGAUACCUGCAUGAAAUCUCAGACGUGCUUUCCUGCCAGCUGGUGCAGUGCAGAAGAUUAGCAGAUAUGUCCAUAGCACUGAAGCAAGACUUUAAUAAAGAUAAGACUUUCCGGCCAAAACGCAAGUUUGAACCUGGAACCCAGAGGUUUGAACUUCACAAACGAGCGCAGGCAUCUCUCAACCCAGGCAUGGACUUGAAAGCAGCUGUGCAGUUGCCCAGUGGAGAAGACCAGAAUGACUGGGUGGCUGUUCAUGUUGUUGACUUCUUCAAUAGGAUUAACCUAAUUUACGGAACUAUCUGUGAGUUCUGCACAGAGAGGACCUGCCCAGUGAUGUCUGGAGGCCCUGAGUACUGGUGGCAGGAUGACUUGAAGUACAAGAAGCCCACAGCUUUGCCAGCACCCCAAUAUAUGAAUCUUCUCAUGGACUGGAUUGAGGUGCAAAUCAACAAUGAGGAUAUAUUUCCUACAAGUGUAGGUAGAAAGGAUGCAUUAACUACAUUUUUAAUCUGGACUUUGACAACAUGGCAUGAAGAAGGAGGAUAUCAGAGGAAGCAGUAUCAUAUACUUUGCAUAAUGAAAAAUGGGUUUGAUUUCUCAAGCAUUUGUUGGUUUUUGUUUCUUCAGGAUAAAUGAUUUUUGGAGUUGAAGGUUGGUUAAAGGUGCAGAGAAAUAGGUGAUUUUGCUUCCACUGGCAUUUCUGCAGGCUUUUGUUAUACCGAGUUUCUACCUUGGAGUACUCCAAUAUUGUUCUGUUUUCUUGUGGUUUGCAUAUGUAGAAACUGUUGUCUGUCAGCACGUAUGGGGAGCAGGUAGCACACUGGUGUGCUAAUGGGUUUUACUGAACCGACUAAUGAUGUCUAGCACACAAGUAUUCAGCCCUAGAUGCUCCCCUAUUAUAUUUGUAGUAAGAUACUUCUGAAGGAACUUUUAUCCUGAUGGCUUACCUGUUGUAAGCUGAGAAUGAAAUCAGUAAAUACUCUCAGUCUACAGGUUUUCUCCUUCCAGCAGCUUCUGCUGUUGUCAAUUUAAUCAAACAUGAAGGAACUGAAGAAAGGGAAAGGCAUCUGGUCUCUAAAAUGGGGCUGGACUCUGAUAAAAGUCAAAACAGGAAAGCUUAAUGUUCAUGAAAAUCUUUGUCUCACUCUGAAUUGACCCAAAGGAAAGGGACAAGUCAGCUUGUAUUGGACUGUGUCGUAUUCUUAUUACAGACUGAGAUGAUUGGACAGUCCCAUAAAGAGAUUCUAUAGAUACCUUUAGAGCACUACUGGAGCAGCACAUGUACUCCUAUUCCUUUCUUGCCUCCUCCUCAGCCUUUUUUGCAGGUACCGUACUGGCCCCCUGCAUACUUCUCAUUAUCUUUUUUAUUUACCACUUUUCAUAUGAAACUGUUGAUAAAAUUGUUUGGCAGGCCUUAGAUCUUUCAACUCAGCAACAGAUAUAUGCUGUGUUGAAUUCGGUGUUCUGACUAUCUCUUAUGUCAGCAAGUCCCUACUUAAGCACUCAAAACAGUCAAAGGGAAGUUUGGAUCUGUUGCUGGGGUAAGUUGCCUUUCAAAAGAAUCUUUCUGAUUGAUUUUCACAUCUGUCCCAUAUUUGGAUGUGAUACUACCUGCCAACCUGAGUACUGCUUGUAAAGCUGUUGAAAGAAGUGCAGUCACUGAGCAUGUGUAUUCUGUUCUGCACUUCACAAGUGAUCAGAGAGGGAACCUUUGUUGCUGUGUUGGGCACUGUUCGUUCCUACCUGUUCUGCAGUAGCCUUUGGUUGGAUGCUGUCAUAGCUUAGCAAGCAUAGUCCCGGAAGGGACGUCCUUGCUAAGGGGUGCUUACAGCUUCCUCUGGGACCUGAUAGA